AUGCCUCUCCCUGCUAGCGUCAAACGGGCCGUCUUCAAGGAGGUGGGUGGGGAUCUGGUCAUUGAGAAUGUCCCACUGGAAAUGCCCCGGUCCGGGGAGAUCUUGGUCAAGGUGGAGGCUUGUGGAGUUUGCCAUUCGGAAAUCUUGGCACAACGCAACGUCUGGGGGUUCGGAUUCCCCGUCGUCCCCGGACACGAGAUUAUCGGCCGUGUCGCCGCACUCGGCCAAGGAGUCGAGGGUUGGAAGGUCGGCGACCGCAUCGGUGCCGGCUGGCAUGGAGGGCAUGACAACACAUGCGCAAUGUGCCAGAAGGAGCUUUACCAGUUCUGCCAACCAGUGAUCAUCAAUGGCAUAAGCACAAACGGUGGAUAUGCGGAAUACUGUCUCGUAAGGGCCGAGGCCACGGUCCGCGUACCAGAAGAUGUGGACGCGGCCAAGUACGCUCCGCUGCUGUGUGCAGGGACUACUUCAUUCUCGGCCCUCAAGACCGUCGACAUUCAGCAGGGUGACCUGGUCGCCGUCCAAGGUAUAGGGGGGGUGGGCCACUUGGCCAUCCAAUACGCCAAAAAGCUGGGAGCUCGCGUGGUCGCCAUCUCGCGAGGUGCCGACAAGGAGGAAUCGAUCCGAGCAUUAGGUGCUGACGAGUACAUUGACGCCGCCGGGGAUCAGGAUCCUGGCGAGGUGCUGAAGCAACUCGGCUAUGCCAAACUAGUCUUGACAACCGCCAUGGACACAGCCGCAAUGACACCCUUGAUCAAGGGUAUUGGCGUGCGUGGGAAGCUGAUGAUUCUCAGUCUCCCCCAAGACGGAAACAUCACUGUCGAUUCGAACGACAUGAUCACUCGUGGCAUCUCUAUGCAAUCGUUUAAUGUAGGGAACUGCUUCGACUCUCAGCAUGCCAUGGACUUUGCGCAUUCCAAAGGCAUCACAUGUGCUGUUAAAACAUUUCCUCUUGACAAGGCACAAGAGGCGUAUGAUGCCAUGUUGCAAGGAAAAGUUCGAUACCGCUCUGUUCUGACCAUGGACUAA